UCAGUAAAAAAAAAAAAAAUGACGCUUGCGCACAAGCUGACACCGCGUUUGAGCACGCAAGCGCAUACGAACUGGAGAUUCCAAGAUGGUGAAAUUUGGGAUACAGUUCAAAGCCACUUUAGAGAAUGUUACGAACGUGCGGCCCGUGGGAGAAGAUUUCCGGUGGUUUUUAAAGCUUAAAUGUGGAAACUGCGGGGAGAUUCCAGACAAAUGGCAGUAUAUUACGUUAAUGGAAAACACACCGCUCAAAGGUGGCAGAGGAAGUGCAAGUAUGGUUCAAAAAUGUAAGCUGUGUUCCAGAGAAAACUCAAUUGAUAUCCUGAAAGAUACCAUCACACCAUACAAUGCAGAGGACAAUGAAAGGUUUAAAACCAUGGUGCAGUUUGAAUGUCGAGGAAUGGAGCCAGUGGACUUCUGGCCACAGGCCGGCUUUGCAGCCGAGGGAGCAGAGUCGGGGACACAAUUUCCAGAGGUCACGCUGCUGGAGAAAGAUUGGACAGACUAUGAUGAGAAGGCCAGUGAAUCUGUUGGAAUCUACGAGGUUACACACAAGAUUGUGAAGUGCUGAUCAGCUUGCCCAUGUUUGGUGCACAAAGAAAUCCUCUCCGUUUGCCGUGUGUCAGCAACUGACAUUGGACUGGCAAUAACUGCAAGGGGAGGAAUCUUAAAGAAAGAUCAAUGGAGGGGCUGGAGCUCUUUGUUGGAGUCUUCAAUAAAGAUGACCGACUGUGAA